AAACAAGUUAUAUCUUAACAUAACCUUGUAAACACUGAUACUACAUCUUACUACAUCUAAACAUGUGAGUUUAUCUGUGCGUGUACAACAUGACGAGUCUGAAAGAAGCACAAAAUGAGCAAACAUUUGCGUUUCUUCAACACGUGCGUUACGAACACCUCGUCGCCGGCCUCUCCGGAGGUUUAGUCUCCACAUUAUGCCUGCAUCCAUUGGAUGUGAUCAAGAUCCGGCUGGCAGUCAACGAUGGACGCGUGAAAACACCCGGAUACAAUGGUAUAAUCGACGCAUUCAAGUCCAUCGUCAAACAUGAAGGUUACUCUGGGUUGUACAAAGGAGUCGUGCCGAAUUUAUGGGGCGCUGGCACUUCCUGGGGCUUAUACUUCCUCUUCUACAACACAAUUAAGACCUGGACACAGAAUGGUAACCUCCAAGCGCCGCUGCGACCCGCACAACAUUUACUAGCUGCAUCUGAAGCUGGUUUGAUGACUCUGCUCAUCACGAAUCCCAUCUGGGUGGUGAAAACACGCCUGUGUUUACAAUACACUUCUCCGAAGGAGAGAUACAAUGGAAUGAUUGAUGCGCUGGUGAAAAUUUAUCAACUGGAAGGUAUCAGAGGUUAUUACAAGGGUCUUACACCUGGAAUCUUUGGUGUUUCACAUGGUGCAGUACAGUUUAUGUCCUACGAAGAGAUGAAGAAUCAAUAUUCAGUGUAUAAAGGUACAUCAAUCACUGCAAAAUUGACUACGGUUGAAUAUCUAACAUUUGCUGCAAUGUCAAAGUUGAUUGCUGUGGCUACAACUUAUCCAUAUCAGGUGAUAAGGGCUAGAUUACAGAAUCAGCAUGCGGAAUAUAAAGGGGCUGUGGGUUGUGUUGUAGAAACAUGGCGUUUUGAAGGUUGGAGAGGGUUUUGUAAAGGUUUAGGAACAAAUUUGUUGCGUGUGAUGCCUGCGACGAUGCUGACGUUUGUCACAUAUGAAAAUGUGUCACAUUUUCUGAUGAAAAAGGGGUAGAAAUAGAGAUAUAAUCUGUUUUUCUGUGGUUACUAGCCAAAGAUGUAGAAUUGUUAUGUUUUUUAUGUGUAAAUAUGUUGGAUUCGCCUCUAUUUUGUUAAUAAAUGUGUUUUGUUUUUGAA